GAAACCCUUCUCCCUCUCCCCCCAACGGUCGAAUUUUUUCCGACCUUCUCCACCACCAGCCGCUACUACCCUUCUCUCAAAGUCGACACUUUUGGGAUUGCCAAAAUUUUCCAAAGUCAAAAAGACUUGUUUCUUCGUGUUCAUUAUUCACAAUGGUGUGCUUUAAGUUUAAGUCCUGUUUUACUGCUUUUAAGCAGCGAAAGCGCAAUCAAUAUCGUCUGGUGCCCGAUGUUUCUUCUCCCUCUAACCAACCUAGAGACAAACCCGGCCAUGGAGGAACCCAGCUACUGGAGAUUGAGAUUCCCACCAAGGAACCCAUCAAUCACCAUGUCUCCCCUGAAUCCAAAGAGAAGGUUGUGAAGAACGCUGAAGAAAGUUGCGAUGCCAUAAAGUGGGCCACUUUCGAAACCAAGGUUGAAGAAGAAACCCUGUCGUUGCCCGCAGAGGAAGUUGGCAAUGUGCAGAAGCUUGAUGGGGAAAUGGAAGAGCACCCAAAUGGAGACGGCGAAUCGAAAGCAAAUGUGGCGCCGCGUUCUUCGAGUCAUGAGCAGGUUGAAGAUGGUGAUGAAGAAAGAGUGAUGGAAGAGUCGUCGGAGUCGUUGUUUUCCAUCUCAAUCGGGAAAAAUCAAGCCGCUGAUUUGGGUGAAAAGGGAGAGGAGAUCACAAGCUCAACCCCGAAAUCCAAUCCAUCUCACAAACCAGUGGAAGAUACCACAACCCAAUUGAAACCAGCAGCAGCAGGAGGAGGAGGAGGCAAUGCAAGAAGGCAGAAGCAGCAGCAGCAUUGUCAGGAGGACAAGGAAAAUGUCAACAUCGACAUUAACAUCCAAAGCUGCCCGAGUUCCGAGUUUAGCUUCAGCCCUUCGAUCGAGAAACCUCCAGAGGGAAGUAUGAUAAACAAGGACAAGAUUGAUGUUGCCGUUGAUGCUAGCCUCUCCAAUUGGCUGGUAGUUGAUGGACAGCCUAAGGACAGAGGCGAUCAUUCUUCAGCUGGGUAUCUGCCUAUUAAGAGUAAGGAAGAUAAGAAGGUAGUUUUAGGUGCACUGACGAUUGGCGUGCUUAAGCAAGUUGAUGCUGCUACUUCGCCUGCAAAGUCGAGGAGCCGGCGAUUUGGUGGAACGCCGGCUAUAGGGACUGUUGGGAGCUAUUGGAAGCAUUCUGGCGGAGAGGUAGAACUCUGACCCCCGAAAUUUCCAGCUCAGACAUUGCUUCAGUUUCACAUUGUUCUUGAUCGAGUUUUCUGCUUUCAAUGUUUGUUGAAAUCGCUGGAAUAAAAUGUUGAAUUCCUGUCGUUUUUUCUUUAUAAUGAUUAAUUGGAAUAAUUUUUAACACCCAGAACUGUGCUGAUUCAGUCUGGAACUACAAUUGAUUGGAUCAACUGGAUCGAGCCUGGGAUCAUGCCCACUGCUAUAGCAUUUGAAGUUUCUUAUUCUCG